AUUGGGGUGCUGAUCGGGGCCGGCCUGGGAUUUGGGGUUUGGCUCCUGGGGGCCCCAAAGGUAGAAGCAGCCAAACCAGCUGACAUUCUGGGAGAGGGGCUCCGACCGCGACAAAUGUUCAACUUCAUCGCUGAUGUCGCCGAGAAAACGGCCCCCGCCGUGGUCAACAUCGAGAUCGUGGGCCGACACCCGUUCACCGGGCGGGAGACGGUCCUCUCCAAUGGUUCGGGGUUCCUGGUGUCUUCAGACGGUCUGAUUGUCACCAACGCUCAUGUGGUGGCCAACAAGAGGAAUGUCCGGGUGAAGCUUCACAAUGGAGACGUGUAUGAGGCCCAAGUACAGGCCACAGACCCCAUCCAGGACAUUGCCACCAUCAAGAUCUCCGCCAAGGUCCCACUACCCACCCUGCCGCUCGCCCGCUCCUCUGAGGUCCGCCAAGGAGAAUUUGUGGUCGCCAUGGGAACGCCAUACUUAUUGCGCAAUACCGUCACCUCCGGAAUCGUCAGCUCUGUACAGCGGGGGAGCCGAGAGCUUGGCCUGUCCAACAAGGACAUGGACUACAUCCAGACCGACGCCAUCAUAGAUGUGAGAUCCGUGGUCACACUCCCCGUGUCCCCCUCCCGGGAUUG